UGCGGGGAUCCAAUCGGACGCGCCGACACUAAGGGGGGGACUCGGGCCCCGCCCCCCCACGGCCAGAGAAGUGUCGCGAGCUCCGUGGUGUGGAACCACAACAGAGGGGAUCGUGGCGACCGUAGAGGCGACCGUCAGUCUGGGAGUGUAGGAGGAGGGGGGGUAGCGAGGCAGCCACACACGCUGCUGCUGCUGCUGCUGGUGGUGGUGGCAGUGGCUGCGGUGCUGGGUCCACAGAGCGUGGCGCUGGGCGGUGGCGCGAGGGCGGAGAGGGCGACGCCGCCGCCGCCUCACGAAAUCAAAGCAGAGGGAGCAGCAGGUCCGUCUGCUGCCGGCUAGCACCUGGUGCCCCCCGGCAAGGAGAGAGGAUCCACCUCUACCGGCCGUGAGAUGGGGGACACGGACGGAGACACGGGGCCCGAGAUCCGGGAGGGCUUCCUGUGCCCCAUGUGUGUGCGCGACUUCCCCUCCGUGUACCAGCUGCAGGCGCACUACGAGGACGCGCACUCGGAGGACGACCGCCACGUGGUGCACCACAUCAAGAAUCUCCUCGGCAGGGCCAAGAGCAAGCUCCUGAAGAGGGACGAGAGGGUGGACCCGGGCACAGAUGGAGCAGCUGACUCGGUGGCGGCAGCGGUGGUGACGACGGGAGGCAUUGACACGUGGAUGUGGGAGCCCCAGGAACCCGGUUUGGAACGAAGUCACUUGGACGACUUUAAGAGGGUGAGGGCGGCUCGCAUUGACCGCUCCGUCAUCGAGAUGAACAGGCUGCUCAUCCGCCUAGAGAAGCUGACGUCGUUUGAUCGCAUGAACACCGACCCGGCCAAGAGGAAAGUGCUGGAGCGGUCGGUGGUGACGUGGGUGAGCGACGAGGACGUGCCGUGCUGCCCCGACUGCGGCCGCGGGUUUUCGGUGACGAGCCGCCGCCACCACUGCCGGCUCUGCGGCUCCAUCAUGUGCAAGCGCUGCACGCACUUCCUCACCAUCGCCUUCGCCGACAAGCUGACCAGCGCCAACCGCGUAUCGAGCUUGGCCGGAUCAUCCGCGUCUCUGCCCACGGCCUGGUCCGGUGGCAGCGCCGCCGGUGCCAGGGCAGCUGGCCGGCCCGGCGAGGGCGGCGGGCACCGGCGGCGCGGCAGCACCAGCAGCGUGGGUUCGUUGCUCCUGGAGGACAAGGACGACGAGCGGGUGCGGUGCUGCCGGCACUGCCGCGAGGCGCUGGUGCGGCACGAGCACCAGAUGGACGAGCAGCACCGGCAGCCGGCCAUCGUGGCGCUCUAUGAGAAGCUGCAUCAGAACAUGGUGAAGGUGGAGCAGCUGGCGCCCGAGUACGGCAGGAUGGCCGACUCCCUGAACGCCGGCGAGACGACCUACACCCUGGACCAAGGCAAUGCGAUGCGCAUGGAGCUGAUGAAGCUGUACGAGCUGGUGGAUGUCAUCAGCAAGAAGAUCCUGAACCUGGGUGUCAAGGAUGACCCACCCCCUCAUGCCAAGGCACUGAAGCUGCAGAAGAUGAUUCGCUACAGCGUGAGCCUCUUCGUGCAGGAGAAGCUGCUGGGGCUGCAGUCGCUGCCGACGGCCGAUCGCUACGAGGAGCUGAAGGAGGGGCGGAGGCGUGAGGCGGAGAGCCGCGUCAUGCAGGAGAGACAGACUUCGCUCGACUCCCAGCAGCAGCGCCAGCAGCAGCAGCAGCAGCGCCAGCAGCAGCAGCAGCCGCCCCGGCACCAACGGCCGGCGGUGGACAGCGCUACCGGGUGGCUGCCCGAGAGCGGCGUGCCGGCGUCAGGCGUGGAAGGGCACGGUGGCCCCAUCGGCGAGUUGGACGACCCGCUGCUGCAGCAGAUCGGCAACAUCCGCAACUACGUGCGGCAGGCGGUGGCGGCGGGGCGCGUGGACGAGGCGCGCACGCUGCGUGAGAACCUGCAGCAGCUGCAGCAGGAGUACGACGCGCAGCAGAUGGAGCUGGCGCAGCGGGUGGCCCUGCAGGCGGAAGAGGACGAGGAGUUCCAGGCUCGCCAGCUCCACCUCCUCCGGGAGCGCAGCCACCGUGACAGCCCCGCGGGGUCACCAGCGAGGUCGCAGGAGCACGACCCCACGAUGGGGUCACCAGCGAGGUCGCAGGGACACGACCCCACGAUGGGGUCGCCCGCAAGGUCGCAGGAGCACGACCCCACAAAAGGGUUGUCCGUAAGAUCGCGUGGGGAUGGUGCCACCGCCACAGCCCUGGCACCGUCACCGUCGCCGAAGCCGGAAGCCGCACAGCCGGAGCCCAUGGUCCGGGGACAGCCGGAACGACCGUCGCCGCCCGGCGGCCCUUGGCAUGACCUCUCGUCGCCGACCAAGAUGACGAGACCGCAACACCCGGCGAAACGGCAGCAGCAGCAGCAGCAUCAGCAGCAGAGCGGAGUGAUCGGUGUUCCGUGGCAAACGACAGCCCAGGUUCACGCAAGCUCGCACGACGCAGGACCCCGGGCCGGCGCCGCCCUCGCCAACUCCGGCUCCUCCAUCCCCUCCUCGGCGGCAGCAGUGGCGGUACCGCCAGGCCCUCGCACGGCGAAAGCCACCGCCUCUUCACUGCCAGCGCCUGAACCCUCCUCGCUCAACCCGUUCGAGUUGGACGAGGCAGACGGCGUCGCCGGCAGCGGAAGGAGGAAGCGGGGGUCAUUGGCGGAACCGAUUCCGGUUCGGGGCUCCCCGGACGGGAACCCCUUCGCCCAGACGCCGUCCCCGAAGAGACCAGGCGCCAGUCGGCACGAGGCGCCCAAUGGGAGCGGAAACCCAUUUGAGGAGGAGGAGGAGGUCGGUGCCAACGGCCGGAGCUCGCGUCGUCCUGACGAGACCCCAAAACCGUCGCUGGCAAACCCGUUCGAGGAGGACGCGGGCGACGCCACGAACCCCUUCCACCAGGACAACUUGGGGAGGCGACGUGGAGCCCAGCCAGUCGCCAGCAGCGGCGGCAGCAGCAGCAACCCCUUCGAGGUGGACGACAAUGGUGAUGAUGGCGCUGGUAACGUCGGCGCCAUCGACCCCGAGCUGCUGCGCCAGCAGAUCGACAACAUCCGGGCGUUCAUCUUUGACGCCAAACGCGGCGGGCGCUCCGAGGAGGUGGCCGCGCUCACGCAAAACCUGCGCGAGCUCCAGCAGGCACUGGUUCUCUCCUCUCGCCGGAUGCCAUCGGCGGCGCCGCGGGGGGGGACCCUGCCCUGACCGACCAACAGUGCCACUCCGUUCUAGCCACCGCCCGUCCGGUCGGGCGGCUUCCAUCAUUUUCUGUCAAGGGCUUCAGUGCGCUCGGGUGGCCAAUGUUGUUCGUCCGACCGGGGCGCCGAUGAGGGGGGGGGGGGCUGUCCGAUCGCCAUUUUGGUGUUCCACUCACACGGCCCGCGGGAAAGGUGCCACCUUCCACUCUAGCGCCUAGAUGUCGGCUGGCAUCCCGCCACGCCGGCCGGUUCGGUGGAGUGGAGACGACGCUGGUUGUAUUGCGGUAGGCGCUUGGCUAAGUUUAUUUUUUUUGCGAUAUGAGAAUGCCAAGUUUGGCUUUAGACUGGCAUUUUGGACUUUAUUGCCUGGCUUGUUUCAUGGGUUGGCGUAACAUUCCCAUCGAGCGGAACCCAUCUAAGCUAGGCAAUUUGACGCCGGGAAUGUAACGUUAACGAUUGUGAUGUUACCGUCUGGUACCAUCCGUUACCGUUGUGUGUUAUCGCCAGGGCUCAGUAUUUUCCGGGUCGCUAGUAGAGACUUGGAGUAGGUGGCACGUGACUGGUAACCACCACAGCCAUUUGAGUGGUAAAUCCUUGAUGUGUGGUAUGCUAGAUGUGGAAAUAUUUUGCGAGUGGCCGACUCGGAUAGAGUCGUCCUGUCGUGGUGUCAGUGGCUGCUUUCUACACAUAGCACAGCGAGUUGGCUCGAUUCUGCACUGGGCGACGUGGGAUGUUCCCCCGUUAGCGUCUGGGAAGAGUGAAGUGUCAGGUUUACACCAGUAGUCACCAUUAACGUUUACCUCUUCCACUGCACAACCGAGCUGCAUGGGGAGCUGUGCCGAAGCCAGCCCAGCGCGGCUCAGGAGGGUGCCAGGUUGCGUUUCCACCGCAGAAGCCACUGGACAUCUUCGCUUGAAAUGACGAAAACUCUCAGCCCGGACCGUGGCCAUGUUGGGGCCCCGAGGCAGUUUCAGGCGUCUUCCCGUGAGGUCAGAGUUUCUUCGUUUGGUUCUGGUUCGGCUUGGGAAAUAGCCAGUUGGGAAGACGGCGCGUGCCGACAGGCCUGCGCGUUGGCGCACCAGCGUAGAAGAAGGGGCAUUUGGGGCCUCGGCCUUCCAAACGACCAUUUAUUAUGUCACGGUUGCCCGUCAUCCCCGUCCGCUUUGCACGCUAGUUGAUGACGACGACGAUGGGCAGUGUCGGAAACCUGCUCUGUGAAGUGGGAUGGGAACUGGGGUUCGACGAGCCGGUCUGCGUGACCCGCCAUGGUUCAGCUCCCUUGUUAUUACUAACCCGGGCCCUCCGAUUCGUAGAGUAGUCCGUGACUACCGAUUAUCGGCUCCAUUGCUCAACUGAUCCGAUAACACGAAAACACUUGGGGAAUAAUGUCGCUUCUGUCGUGUGCCGGUGGACGGGAGGUGCCACUCUGCCACUCACGGUUAGCGUGGUGGCUCGGAGUGGAUUUCCCGCCCUGGGGUGGCCACGAAGAAGUCAUCGAUGACGAUCGAUUUAAGCAACGCGACCGAAUCGUCGUCCCAGCGCGCAUAGCAGAGGUCGCAAACGGGUUUUGAUUCCUUACACGUACCCUACCCUAAAUGAGUGACAAACGGUUACUCACCAGUGACUCACGGCCUGCCCGUACCCGGCCACACCAGGGUCGCAAACGGCUACCCGUACCCGUACCUGGCCGGGUACGGGUAGCCGGGUAUCGGGUAGGGUACGGGUAUCGGGUACCCGGUUGCGACCUCUGGCGCAUAGCGUGACCGUUGGGAAUAUUGAUAACGAUGUGCGGGCCGUGGCUGAGCUUGCGCACAAAUAUAGAGCUCGGUCAUCGCGGAGGUGGGUCCGUGGUGGUUCGCGGGGACUGGCGAGUCCGUCUUGGUCUGGUUGAUGCCGUAGCGCUUGGCGCCAGACGCCGGUGCGAACAAUUGCACGCCUGGGAUGCGAAGCCGCGUGUCAGCACAGCACGCGGUGCAUAUUGUGACCACUGCCCUGUAUGUUGACUAAACGCAGCUUGGACCGCGGUGAAAUUAGCGUAGCCGGAAUAAGCUAAACGGGUAGGAUCCUUUCCACAGUUGUCGUAAGCACAACACUGCUGUAAAUGUGUGGUCAGGUGCUCCGCAGACCGUUACAUCGCAGGCUUGUAAGAGGUGGUGACAGCUUGAGGAGGCCUUCAUCCAGAAGUGGAUUGACCAUGGCUGAUGAUUACUGCGAUUGGAGCCACACAUCCAGGUUUCUGCCCACAGAUGUAAUCAUCGCAACGCUACUCGACGCGCUUUUAGGCGACAACACGCAGAGGGCGGUAGGCAGCGUCAGUAGUGGGUUGUCGGCUUGCACGUACUGCUGUCUGGUGCUGAUGAUGAGUGCAACUUACUUUACAGAGUGUGUUAGAAUUGGCCAGUCGUGGUUCCUAUUGGAUGAAAUAGCAUUGAGGAAAGCGGUAAGUUACUUGAAUAAAAAAAAUAUUCGAUAGGCAUUUGAACCCCGGGGUACAAACUUUACUGUGACAAUGACUCCCCCCUCCCUGAGAUCAGAAUACUAAUAUAUUAUUUUAACCCUGGGGGUAGCCGAAUUGGGGUUAAGAUUCGGGGUUCUGAUCUCCCACGGUCAGUAACAGCUUCAGCUAGCACGUGGGCGGCGGGGGUUCAGAAUAGUAAACGAACGGUGCCACCCCUCGAGAAGCGUCCGUCGCACAAGUGCCCGCUGCCUUUAUUGACGCGUUGACCCCCCCCCCCCCCCCUCGUUAGACCAAGUCCAACGUGUAACACUAACGCUGCGCUCGCGGCUCCGUAGCGCCGUUCGAGGCGUCGCCUCUAAAGUAUUACGCUGCCUGUGAAUUUAAUUUAGUUUCCGAACACUAACUCUGCGUGCGUGCCGACGGACGUCGUACGCUGCGAACCCCCGCCCGCCCGCUGCUGUUGUGGUUCGGGGAGGGCCCACGCUGGUUUCUGUGACCCAGAGCCGCCCGUGGAUUUUGAAGGUGAAGUUUAUGAUUCAUUACGUUACCCAGGAGUCGCCCAGACGAUCGCCGCCAUGUUUCCCGAUUUAAGUGAUUUAAGGAGUAAAUUUUCAAACGUGGCUAAUUUGGACCGUGUCGCUGGCCACGCGUGGCCGACGGCUGUCGAAGCGCUUCGCGGCGUCGAAGCGCUUCGUGGCAUCGACAGCGUCCACUGUGAAGCGGACGGCGCGCAGUCUCGUUACGGUUCAUGCAACCGCAGCGUUAACCGGGACGGCAACAGAGGCGGCGGCUGCUGCUGCGUCGCCGGGGGCGGAAGCGAGUCGUGGAAUCUGCCCAUCACCGCCAUGCCGCACCCAGCUGAGAAUCCAAGACCCCGAGCGGCAGCUGUUCUCUCCCACCACGACUCAAUGAGUCGUCACGAUCGCAACACUCGAUUCUCCAUCCCGUUUGCACUGCCUUGUAUCGUAGCGUUGCGUCUCGCAUCGUUGUUCCAAAUUCUGUUGGCGUAUAAUCUUCGUCAGUCGUAAAAUCGCUUGGUUCUUGCAGAUGCGAUUCGGUGCAUGCGCUGUGAGCGCAAGAACCUGCCUGGGCACGGAACAACAGCGCAUGACCGGAUGCAUCGUCGCGAUGUGGGGCCACGAUUCGUCCCAUAAUAAUACGCUUCACUUGUGUCGAUUUGCUCCAUUAUUCUAAAUACAUCAUUUACAUAAAGCUCACGUUACAAAUUCUUACACUUGCAUGCGUUGCCAGAGGAAUAACCGAAUUUAUAUAUUGACGUUGCCCGGCUACGAACCAGGUCUGGUCUUGCCCUAGUGCCGACGCUGCAGGUUGUUCCUCCCCCUCUAGAAACUUUCUCCCGUGGGUGUCGUCCAUGGGCCAGAGCAGAAAUGGGUUUGAAGGUAGCAAUACUUUUACUCGCACCGACUAAAAUACAAGCGACAUGUACAACAAGAACUCGCUCAUUGCCAUUGGUUAUCGCGUAGAAAUCGGAGCCACUAAAGUGAUGCCACCAUAGGUGGUACCGACAAGGGAGGCAUCUGCUCUGGGCUUGUCGAGCGGCGAUGGGAGCUUUGCGUUCAUGAUGAUGUCACUUUACCCACAACCCCUCCCUCCAGAAGCCACCGUCACUGUCAAUCACUCUAAAGUUGCACAAUUAAACAGGGCGGGAGUAAGGAAAGGCGGCGUCCACGUUAUUUCUUUGUGCCGUGCUGGGCGUCAGCCGGUGCCAGGAUGCGAGUUUGUGUUUCUUCUACUUUAUAAAAACCAGAGGCGGUUGGGUGGCUCGGAGGUCAGUGCUGAGUCUGGCACAAACGGGAUCCUGGGUUUGAAGCCCCGGACGGAACAUUUGGCUCCGCGAUCAGUUUGCGCGAAUUCUAGCUCUUGAGGCUUACGGUUUGAUGGCCAAGUAACGUUACAUUACUCUGCAUAUCAAGACGGUGUGCCCCCUACUGUGUGCACCAAACGUCACAUGAAGGGAUCUCAGGUAGCUCUAUAGCAGAGGUCGCAACCGGGUACCCGAUACCCGGCUACUCGUACCCGAUACCCGGCUACUCGUACCCGGCCGGGUACAGGUACCCGUUUGCGACCCUGGUGCAGCUGGGUACGGGUAGGCCGUGAGUCACUGGUAACUGUUUGUCACUCAUUUCCCAACGUCUUGUCUCUUCUCACAAUUCAAGUUCCUAGAAUCAACCCACCCGUGCCUGCAACAUGGCUUCAUCCCAGAGGUCGCAAUCGGGUACCCGAUACCCUACCCGUACCCGGCUGGGUAGGGUACCCGUUUGCGACCCUGGUGCGGCCGCGUACGGAUAAGGAAUCAAAACCCGUUUGCGACCUCUGCUCUAUAGUGUCCGCUUUGUGGGCCGUGCUCUUAACAGGGUUACCCGCUGCCCUGCGCGGGAUGCCGACGGAUUCGUCACCUCGUGGAGCAAUACCAACACCAUAAUCGCGAGGUAAAAACAGUGCAACCAUCGCCCCCGUUGUGAAUAACGGCCUCUGAAGUAAACAUCACAGAACGACUCGUGAGAUCCCUUCGGUCACCUCUUGUCCACAGUAGGUGGAUGGUGUGCCACCUCAGUCUGUGCUAUCGAGAUGUUGCUUGGCAAUCAAAACGAAUGCUUUUAAAUUCCCAUAACUAGAAGUUUGCAAAUUAAGCGAAUU